AUGACAGCUCUGCUGCAGGCCCAAUUCAUACCUUUCUCGGCCUUUUGGCUAAGAUCAAGUGUAGUAUCUGUUCUUAUCAGUUUAAUAUCUGAUACGUGGGUCAAUGGCCCACACGAUAUUAAAUUAAUUUGGGCUUCUCACGUGUCGCCCAUGCGUUGCACUAUUGCAAGGGCCUGGCGCACCCCACCAAUACUAUUGCAAGAGCUUACUGGGAUCCUGGGGCAGCCACAUUGGUGA